AUGGGUUUGAAAGCGAUCAAACGAACGAUCAAAGAAGAGAUUGCCAAAUAUAUGGACUCCACUCGUUCGCGUUCGACUGAUCGCCCGAGUUCAAGAAUGCGUUCAUCAAAAGAUCAAAAUCCCAUCGAAAAGGAUGAAUUUGGUGAGAAGACGAAACUAAUUUCCACGGGUUUUCAAGUAAAAAACAAUGAAAUUGUGCUCUCGGAGCCUUCAAGAGAGAAGCUCGUUCAAGCGGGUGUUUACUUCGGAGCUGGAUGUCUCUUCAUUUAUGCUAUUUUCUCAAUCCUUGCCGCGGAGAGUCCAUCGUAUGCCAUUCAUGGAGAACACCUUCGAGCACUUGGGAAAAUACAAAUCAAUGUUUUUCCGAGCAGUGAUUUCAUAGUCGACUACACACAAAGCGAUUGUCACAAUCUGCCGGCUGUAAACGAAACAUUUGGACGAAGAAUUGAUGGUUCCAUCGAUUUCGUCUUUUGCCACGAUGCUGUCCCGUUUUUGAUCAACGGACAAAGACCACACGAUCACGAGAUACAUUUGGCGCCUCAUAACAUUGGACUUACAAAAGUGAUCUAUUAUUUCACAAUGAAAAUCUACAAUGUUCACACGAUUGAACUGAGUUUUGCGGGCGAGGUGAAGAGCGUCGUUUUUGGAAUCUCAUUUCGUGCUCUACGCUGGGUCAAUGAGAUAACUCAAGUGCUGGUGUUGCCGGUGGAAACCGCUUCACCCGAUUGCUGUUCGAUUCUAAUUCCACGGGGUUUCAUUGCAACUGUUUUGGCGAAUCCACUAUUUUAUAAUGGGACGAAAUUUGGACCGCGGACUCUUCUUCAAGCUUGGGGAAAGCACCAAUUCCUUGACGAAUUUGAGAUGGACAUUAGUUGCAAUCAAAGUGUCACCUUCUCAAUACUAUUUGGUGCUGCACCUGGACUUUUCGAUGACAUUCCGCGCUAUCCCUACAUCUACGGCUCGGAGUUCAGCUCUCGGUCGAGCGCUACAACCGUUCUCGCCAAUACUCAUUGCGAUUUUGUUCUGAGUUAUGAGUCGUCACUUGACGAUCACUCAGAAAUUGUUAGCGAUCCUCACGUUUACACUUCGUACAACUAUCCAUGGUUACAAGAUGACUCAAAAGAAUUCCCGGAUUGUCAACAAUUUCGAGCACAUUUCCAUAGCACACCAAGUUCAUUGCGUCAAAUAGCAAUUGAUAUAAAAUCGCUGGAGAAUGGAGUAUUGACGCUAUAUUUUGACAUCGAUAAAACCAACUUGGGGUUGUGCAUUUUCACGAAACCGUUGUCGAAUAUUAGUUUUUAUGAAGUGCCAAAUGAAGUGAAAGAAUAUCGAAUCGACUGCCUUACAAUUGAAUUCUGUCCAAAUAAAGCACUCGCCGAAAGCUAUGGUUUUCUUUUGCAUCUAGCAAAGGGGAUCGUCGAUCCCGUUAAUGUGACGUGCGCUCAAACGUUCACCCUCACCGACGAUAAACCGCAAGCGAUUUUUCACGGUGAUGACACGUUUAUGUUCGAUUUGUCGGGAGAUCUUUUUUCACCAAUUUGCAUUGUAAACAAUUGCACUCAAUGCAAAACUCGGGGAAUUCAAAUCGACAUCGCUUCAAUUUGUCCAAAAGAGGAUCUAGUAAUCUGUAUUUCCGAUCCGCCGUUUUUCAUUAAUGGGAAAAUGGUGAAACUUGAAAACAUGACCCAACGAUGGAAUCCACAUGAAAGUAUCGUCGUGAUUUCGGGAACCUUUUUCUACAAUGAGAAUUUUUUGUAUUUGACCACAACCGAUGAUACUAUUCACGCGUCAAGAAGUUCCAUAUCAUUCCUAGCUGCUCACGUGUUUACAGAGAAAAUCGAGGUGAUAAUGUUUCCCACGCAUGCUGACAACAUUACACUCCAAUUUCGCUUACCCGAACACAAUAGCUUGAUUUGGAUAACGUUAGCGUUAGGCACCGAGAAAAAUGUGCUGCAAAAAUUUAGACAGGGUAGAUAUCGCGAUCCACCGUGUGAAUAUCGAUUGAUUGCCGGCCCACCCGAUUGGAGUAAUCAAGAUUUCGGUCGUAAUUUGGCCGUUUUCAGUGACACAAACCCUUUUAUCGAUCACUAUCUACUCUCCUCACUCUACAGCAUUCAAAUUCCUGCUGGAUGCGCGCCGACUUUGGCGCUCACAUCAUCUCUUGUUUCAAAUAUCGAAGAUGAUUACACCAUUCAUUAUGUGAUGAUUUCAAAGCAAGAGGCCUGUCAAGGAACAGUCAUUUGGACAUCAGGAGGAUAUCAGAAUCCCUUUCAAUUUUUCACCAAUCUCUAUCCAUGGGUUUCUCAUGAAAUAUUUUGUUCGUCAUUCCGUAUCAAUGUCACUGUGGAAAUUGUCUCUGUUGGGAGUGGGCUGUUGUAUUUAGAGUUUCACGGAAUGGGAAACCGCAAUCAGACUUGUAAUAAAGCAUUCAAUGGAACUGAUGGAAUUCAGUCAGCUAUUUGCACGGAAAACAAUGUAAACGGUGUCUUUAUGAAUUGCACUCAAAAUGAUGAUUGGGCACAAAUGGGCGGCUGUUCACUUCGAAUUCACAUCAACAAAAUCGUUGAGAAUUUGAUACCAAAACAUCUCCAAGAAGAAUUUGUUGUCGAUGAAUGUUGUUGU